CUACUCCCCAACUCAGACGCACACACAAAAGAAUUUUCUCAAACAAAUCCAACGUAUCCAAACGCCGGCGAUCUCCAAAACUCCUCCACCGACUUCACUACUUCCUUCCCCUUCGAAUUCCGUCUCCAUCUCUUCGCUUCUGCUUCUCUCCCUCUGCUUCCAAUUCACUUCCUGUCUCUUCUUCUUCCUUUGCUCGAUCUUCCCCCUUCUCGCUUUCUCACUCUCACUUCCUGUAUUUCAACUUGUUGACUUCGAUUUCGAUGGCUGAGGGCAAGUCCGAUCUACCGGAGGAUCUCCUUUCGUUGAAGCCGUCCGAUCGGUCUUGGACCGGGAAAGUGGAUUCUUUGGGAGGAAAUGAUGAAAAAAUUGACGAACCCAAAGAUCAAAUGGGAUCAGAGAGCAGCAUCCCGUUGUCUCCUCAGUGGCUUUAUGCUAAACCUUCUGAGACUAAGAUGGAUUCACGUGGACCACCUUUUGUUUCACUUGGAAAUCCCCCUGAUCCCAACCAGAAGGAGGCUGGGCGCUUGGAUGGAUCUCAGGACAAAAAGGAUUGGAGGAGGAUUGUGACUGAGAAUGAAAGUAACCGCCGCUGGCGUGAAGAGGAAAGAGAAACUGGUUUACUCAGUAGGAGAGAUCGUAGGAAAGGAGAACGGCGUAUUGAAAAUGUUUCAAGUAGGGAAACAACUGACGGUAGAGCCAUGUCUUCCUCUGAUCGGUGGCAUGAUGGUAGCAUUCGAAACACUGGCUAUGAAUCACGUCGUGAUAACAAAUGGUCUUCCAGGUGGGGCCCUGAAGAAAAGGAGAAGGAAUCUCAUACUACUGAGAAGAGAACAGACACGGAGAAGGAGAAGGAUGAUAAUCACAAUGAGAAUCAGUCCUUUGUGGGUAGCAACCGACCGACAUCUGACCGUGACCCAGAUUCCUCCCGUGAUAAAUGGAGGCCAAGACAUAGAAUAGAGGUUCAUUCUGGUGGUUCAACUACUUCCCGUGCUGCACCUGGGUUUGGGCUUGAGAGGGGAAAGGUGGAGAGUAACAAUCUGGGAUUUACUGUUGGACGAGGAAGGGGAAGAUCUUCUUCUGCAAGUCCUAUUGGUGCUGCUCACUCUUUGAAAGAUGAAAGUAUCCCUGGGAAGCCAAAAUUUCCUGCUGCAACUUUUUGCUAUCCCAGAGGGAAGUUGCUUGACAUUUAUCGUUGGCAAAAGCUUGAUACUCCAUCUUUUGCUGCCAUUUCUGAUGGGAUGGAUGAAGUACCUCCCAUUACUCAAGUAGGCCUUGUGGAACCAUUGGCAUUUGUUCCCCCUGAUUCUGAGGAGGAGGGGAUCCUUAAUGAUAUAUGGAAAGGAAAGAUCACUGGCAGUGGGGUAGUGUACAACUCAUUUAGACAGGGAAGAACUAGUGGAAAUGUUUCAGAAGCUGGAGACUCGGAAUAUGCAGAGACAAAGCAGGGUAUGCUCAGCCAUAUUCUCACUGGAGAAACUAUUGAUACCUUACAAGAGGCUGCUGUUGAUGAUCCAUACAAAGCUUGCAGUGUUGGCAGCUCAUCAAAUAACGAAAUGUAUCUGAAUUUGGUAGCUGGGAAAGAGGUUACCAUUGUAGAGGAAUUUAAAGUCUCUUCUGCAGCUCUUCAAUCCAACGCUGAGGAUGCUGUUGAGAAUGCUACUUCUUUUGACACCAAAGCAAAAAUUCUAGAUGAAAAAGGUUCUCUAUUUCUCUUGGGCUCUUCUGAUCAAAAUCAUGGUAGCAAUGAGCAGCACCUGGACAGCAACGAGGCAAACAGCUUGGGACUAGCACCUGAGGAGUUGACUUUGUUCUACAUUGAUCCUCGUGGGAAUACUCAGGGACCAUUUCUUGGUGCUGACAUCAUAUCGUGGUUCAAGCAAGGUUUCUUUGGGACAGACUUGCUAGUCCGUCUGGCAGAUUCCCCUGAAGGAACACAUUUUCAAAAAUUAGGAGAGAUCAUGCCACACCUGCAAGUUGAAGAUAAGCAUGCCAACAUUGAUGACCUGAACUAUAUGCUUGAACAAUCUGGUUCAUUGGGAGGAAACUUGGAGGCUAUGCAUACUUCUGGUCCGAUCACAAAAAGCAUUGAAUUGUCCACCGAAAAGCUGUUCCGGGCAUCAUCUAAGUUCAAUGGCCACUCAGCUCAGCAUGUGCAGUCCAAAAUUUCUGAGCCUGAGGUCAAUUUGCAAAUGCAACAGUCUGAGGGUCAAAGCUUUGAAGAGACUGUUGCACAGGAUGAAGAAAUUGUCUUCCCAGGAAGAUCUGGAAAUGUUUAUCCCAUUUCAAAAUCUUCUCAGAGCAUUCAUAGUCCUUUGAUAAAUUCAGGUAGCCAUCCUUCUCUACCAAAUGAGUUGACAGAAAGUAGCACGCCAAAUGAGAAUGACAAUAAGCUGCAUCGUUUUGGUUUGUUAUGGUCUGAACUUGAAGGCACUCAAACAAGGCAUACCCAGUCUUCCAAUGUGCCUUCUGGGGUAGGGAGGUCUGCCCCAUUCAGUACCAUGGUUGAUCCAGUGCUUGCUGGAGAGACUUGGUCUGACAUCUAUGGAAAACAUACUUUUCCUGACUCCAAUAUUUAUCAAGAUGCAUUGGCUGCAGCACACAUGUCACGUGUGGAACGUGAAUCAAACAAUUUUGAUCUAACAGAGCGGCUUUUGUCCCAACAACUUCAACAACAGCAGUUGCACCCACAAAAUAUGUUAUCUCCUCAUGCGCGCUUAAAUGAGUCACUUUUGGAACAUCUUCCAAGUCAAAAUCUAAUUCACCAGCAACAGUUGUCCAACCAGUCCGUACCAGAUUUGGAACAUCUUUUGGCGCUUCAGAUGCAACAGCGGCGACAGCUUCAACUCCAACAGCAGUUCCACAAGGAACAGAAGCUUUUACAGGAGCGGCAGCAGUCUCAAGUUCAACAAGCUUUUCUUGAGCAGCUUUUUGGUGGUCAGAUUCCUGCCCCUGGCCCUGGGCAGUCAUUUGCUGAUCCUAUCAGAUCCAGCAAUGUUCUUGAUCAGGUUCUGUUGGAGCGGCAGCUUUUACAUGAAAUACAACAACAGUCGCAUCAUGCGUCCAGGCAUUUUGUUCCAUCUUUAGAUCAGCUUGUUCAGGCAAAAUUUGGUCAAGCACCACAGGAAGAGCAUCAAAGAGAUCUGUAUGACCUCAUAUCACAUGCUCAACAUGGGCAAUUGCAGUCAUUGGAGCAUAUGCUUCUUCGAAAAGAGCAAUUGCAGAGGCAGUUGUCCAUGGGAUUAAAACAGCAUAAUGAAGAGAGGGAUAUAAAUUCCUUGUGGCCAGCUGAUCAAACAAAUCAAUUUUUGAGGAAAUCUGCUGGUAUUAACCGAGUUCAGCCAUUGGGCUUUAGCCCAUUGGAUCUCUAUCAACAACAACCGAGGCCCUCACAUGAGGAGCAGCUUAGUCACCUUGAACAAAAUCUUUCAAUACAGGAGCUUCGGCAAGGGCUUUAUGAGCAUUCGUUAUCCCCAUUUGAGCGCUCAAUGUCUUUGCCUGCUGGAGCUUCAGCGAUUAACAUGGAUGUAGUGAAUGCCAUGGCUCAUGUCAGAGGUUUAGAUAUAGAUGAGCCAAGCACACAUUUGCGAUCUGCAGGUCAAGUUGGCACAUUUUCUUCUGGCCUUCAUACUCAUAAUCCUCACCAUCUAUUGCCUAAUCAGUAUAAUGCUUCACAAGAAGGCCAAUGGGUAGAGAGCAACGGGCAGAUGGAAAAUGACUGGAUGGAAUCUCGAAUUCAGCAAUUGCAAAUCAAUGCUGAGCGGCAGAAAAGGGAUUUGGGGGUCAAAAUGCCUUCUGAAAAUUCCAGCGCAUGGAUGUCAGACGGGCUGAAUGAUGACAAGUCAAGGCAACUGUUGAUGGAAUUGCUCCAUCAGAAAUCAGGUCAUCAAACUUCUAAGUCCUCAGAAAGGGAUUCAUCUGGAAUCUACUGUGGAUCAGGUUCUUUGGAUCAUCCACUUAGUGUUCUUGCAGAACAAGAAGCAAGUCUAAAUAACUCAAUUCCGGUAGGUUCUUAUGGUUCAAGUUCAUCUGAAGCACAGCAGAUUUAUUUUGCUGAUGAGCCUGCCGGAAGUUUUGAAGGUGACGAAAGAUUGCAAUUUAGGCCUGGAUCUGGAGUUAUGUCAGAGAGAGAGAGGUUCUUGUCGCGCACUAGUGACAAUGCUCAGUCAAUUUAUGGAGAUGCUAACAUGACUGGUAUGCUCUCCAUGAAUAAAGAGUUAUCAGAUGGUGAGUGGAUGAACCAAGAAUCCAAAAGCCAGGGCACGAUGAAGGGGUCAGCAUUUGAGGUACAUGAUGGCAUGAUCAAGCAAGGAGGGCUGACUUUUAUAGGUGAGAGGGACGUUCCAGUUAAUGUUCUUAGCAGGCAUUCUUCACUUGGUGUCACUGGUGGAAAUGCAAGUGCUUACUCCAACCAGAUUGGAUUAAUAAAUUCAUAUGUAGAAGAUGUUGCCAAGGAUCGAGUGCAAGUUCCAGACAAAGCUCAAGACAAUAUGUUGCUAAGACGGCCACCUGUCCAUGCUUCAUCAUCACAUGAAGGAUUGUCGGAGUUAGUUUCUGAUCCAGCUAGCAGGGGAAAGAAUUCUCUAAGUAGUAAUGAUGGAGGGAAACGAGAUCCAGGCGGAAAUAUAGGAAGCCAGGGUUCAGACACCACAGCAAAGAAAGAGGCACGUUUUCGACAUACAUCAUCCUAUGGAGAGGGUGAUGUCUCGGAGGCAUCAUUUAUUGACAUGCUGAAAAGCAAUUCCAAAAAAUCUGCUGUACCAGAGGCCCAUGCAACGACCGGGGCUGAGUCUUCCGAUGGGACUCAAGGAGGACGAAGUGGUAAAAAGAAAGGGAAGAAAGGCAGGCAAAUUGAUCCUGCUCUUCUUGGUUUCAAAGUUACAAGCAAUCGCAUAAUGAUGGGCGAAAUACAGCGUUUAGAGGAUUAAUUCUGUAAUUUUCUGUACGAUAUUUUCGUUGGCGAGUUGUAUAGGCUGCAAGCUUCUUAGUGUAAAGCAUUUUUUUUCUGAUUAAAAUUCAUUCAUUUUUUUUUAAUUCCCCUUUUAGGUUGGCUUAGUGAAAAAUGAUGAUACGGCGUUGGUGGGCGGUGGUAGUAGAAAUGUCCGGUUUAGAAAUUCGAUAGUCAGCCGGGCUGAGCAUAGUGACAGGGUAUAGUUCUGUACAGACUAAUAAAAAUUCAAAAUGUUGAAGCUGGUUUUCUGGCAAGUUUUCGUAUAUUCUCUUGUAUUUUUUUUUUUUUUGACAAUAACAAUGAUUAGUAAGU